AUGCUGCCACAAAUACGCUGGAUUAGCAGAAGAAAAGACAUCUUCUACACAGGAGCCGUACAACAGACGGGUCUAAGCAGUCUGUUUCAACCCAAUGAACAGCCAGCUCAUCAAAGCCGAUCUAUCGGGAUGUUGUCUCCAAUCCUUUCUUUCUCACUUACUCUGUCAACUAUAGCUAGUGUCACUGCUGACAAUAUGACACUCGCACUCGUGCAAGUGAUUUGGCGGCAUGGAGACAGAUCACCCACAUUGACCCACCCAAGUGAUCCAAUUCAAGAAAAUGAUUGGAAAUUUGGAGGAGGAGGAUGGGGACAGCUUUCGCCGAUAGGAAUGAAACAACAUUUCAAUUUUGGAAAACAGUUACGAAAACGCUAUGUUGAUACUGGGUUUCUCAGCAAGACAUAUAAUUCAAAGGAGAUCUAUGUUCGCUCAACAGACUAUAAUAGAACCAUAAUUUCCUCUAUGUCAAAUUUGCUGGGUAUGUAUACCUACAACAACACUGCAAGCGUAAAGGGCACAGACUAUCCAGACGUACAAGGAUGGCCGGCAGGAUUCAUUCCAAUUGCAGUGCAUACCGUUGAACAUGACACUGACCAUUUGCUAAUCCCUCAUGCUCCUUGUCAUCGCAUGUCUUGGCUGUUUGAAAUGCUGAGAAAUCAAUCCGACGAGGUCAGGGAAUAUCUAGGAAGAGAAGAUGUAAAAGGGAUUUUCGCUAAUGUGACUGCGAAAGCUGGAGGAGUUUACGACGAGAAAAAUAUAUGGGAAGUGCGCGAUGUUUGGAAAAUUGAGCAGGUUCAUUAUCCAGAAAGGUUGAAAAAAGUAGACUGGUACUCUGAAAAACUGUACAACAAAUUAGCUGAGAUUUCUGAUAAGAUCUCACUCUUCGAUAAUGGAAUAUAUGAGCGCGGUCCUGUGAGUAUAAACGGCCUCGAUGUUGGACUGGAGUUGCAGAAGAUACGUGGAGGCUCACUCAUAAAUGAUUUGAAUAAGCGUAUGUACAUGAAAUAUGAUUGCUUGAAUAGACAACACGAAGCUCAGUGCCGUUGGAUAAAAAAUCUCAAGUACCUCAUUUAUUCAGCACACGAUACCACCGUUUUCGCUUUUCUCAAUGUUAUGGGGAUCCAGUCUGAAGUCGCUAAAGGAGAAUAUCCAGACUAUACUGCAGCUGCAUUUGUUGAACUAUACACUAAUGCCGGUGGUGAACCAUAUUUCAAGAUUUUGUACCGUCCCAGUGACAAAAAUGAAACAAUUUAUUCUGUAACCCACUUUGUACCUGACUGUGGAGGAAAGGAGUACUGCAAACUAGAUGUCUUCAACAAGCGCGCUGAACGGGUGAAACCGGAUCAAAACAUGAUCGAGUGGUGCGAAGUAAACCCGUGGGGCAGCGCGAUCGGUGACAGUUCAUCCACUGUGUUAUCCAUCACAAGUUUUGCCUCUAUCUUGAUUUCAUACCUAUGGUCUCAUUCUUGAGUGUCUCCGCGCUAUUUUGCAAGAAAAACGAAUACAACUCUAUACAAAGCAGUUGAUUACUUGAGGUAAUUUGAAUAAAUUUACAAGUCAGUGUUACGAUGAGAAAAUUGGUUGUCUUUUGAGUUUUAGUAAAGUACAGAUACGGAUUGUUUUGAUUGUUUUUUCUAAAUAAAUAAGGUGC